UGCUUGGCCUUCUUCCCUUGCUGCGGAACUUUCUCUGCCUUCCGUGGUGCUGAGCUGUCUCUGCCUUCUUCCCUCGGAGCUGAGAUCACCCUGUCUUCACUUGGACCUGAGAUCUCUGCCUUCUGGACCCUAGCCUUGUAGGUGCAGGUCCCAGGCAGGACCUCACCCUCUGUAAAUCCCUGGGAUCCUUCUCCCUCCCCUGCUCAGUCUGCAGAAGACCAAGUCCUGGCCCAAGAAGGGAGCAUGGAGCCAGAGGGAAUGGCCUCUGGGAGCUGCGGACCCCUACCCCAGGAGUUGGUGACAUUCCAGGAUGUGGCUGUAGACUUCACCCCAGAGGAGUGGUGCCUCUUAGACCAUCCUCAGAAGGAGUUGUACAAGGAGGUCAUGCUGGAGAAUAGCUGUAACCUGCUCUCCUUGGGGCUUCCAGUUCCCAGAGAAUAUUUGAUGUAUUCUGAGGAAAGUGAAGCACCAUGGAUGCUGGAACAAGAAGGCCUGAGGAGCUGCUGUCCAGAUGGAAAGAUUAGCCCUGAAAUGAGAGACACUACUGGAAAGCUAAGGAUUUCUGUGAAAGAAACUCACAAAGAAAGCUUCAUGUGUGAUGGUCCCAGUAACUUCACUGGGAGAAAAAUCUGUGCUGUAUUUCACAGAAUCCACACAGGAAAGAAAUCAUGUAAUUGUCAUCAAUGUCGGAAAGACAUGAAUCAACAUCCAUCCCUGAUUUGCCAUCAAAAAAUUCAUACUGGAGAGAAAUCAGAGUGUCACGAAUGUGCUGAACCUUUUAGUGAAUGCUCAUCCUUAAUUAUGCAUCAAAGUGUUCACAGUGACAAGAAACCUUAUGAAUGUAAUCAGAGUGGAAAGGCUUGGAGUUGCAGCUCUAGUCUUGCUGUACAUCAGAGCAUCCACACUGGGGAGAAACCUUAUGGAUGUGAUAAAUACAGAAACGCAUUUACUCAGAGCUCCAACCUUACUCAACAUCAGAGAAUCCACAAUGUUGAGAAACCUUAUGAAUGUAAUCAAUAUGGAAAGGCUUUCACACAGAGCUCCACUUCUGCUCCACAUCAGAGAAUCCACGCUGGAGAGAAACCUUAUAAAAGUAAUCAAUGUGGAAAGGCUUUCAGAAUCAUCUCCAAACUUGCUGCACAUCAGAGAAUCCACAGUGGGAAUAAACGUUAUGAAUGUAAUCAAUGUGGAAAAGGUUUCACACAGAGCUCCACACUUGCUGUACAUUACAGAAUCCACACUGGAGAGAAACCAUAUGAAUGUAAUCAGUGUGGGAAGGCUUUCUCAAAGAACUCCAAUCUUAGUGCACAUAAGAGAAUCCAUGCUGGAGAAAAACCUUAUGAAUGUAAUCAAUGUGGAAAGGCUUUCACACAGCGCUCCAGUCUUGCUGCACAUCAGAGAAUCCACACUGGAGAGAAACCUUUUGAAUGUAAUCAAUGUGGAAAGUCUUUCACAGAGAGAUCCAGUUGUGCUGCACACCUGAAAAUCCACACUGGGGAGAAACCUUAUGAAUGUAAUCAAUGUGGAAAAGCUUUCAUAAAAAACUCUAACCUUACUGUACAUAAGAGGAUCCACACGGGGGAGAAACCUUAUGAAUGUAAUCAAUGUGGAAAGGCUUUCUAUUUAAGGAAUAGUUUUGCUGCACAUCAGAGAAUGCACGCUGGAGAGAAACCUUAUGAAUGUAAUCAAUGUGGAAAGGCUUUUACACAGAGAUCCAGACUUGCUGCACAUCAGAUAAUUCACACUGGGGAGAAACCAUAUGAAUGUAAUCAGUGUGGAAAGACUUUCACAAAAAACUCUAAUCUUACUGCACAUAAGAGAAUUCAUGCUGGAGAGAAACCUUAUCAAUGUAGUCAGUGUGGAAAGACUUUCACACAGAGCUCCACGCUUGCUGCACACCAGAGAGUCCACACUGAAGAGAAACCUCAUUUGUGUAAUCACUGUGGAAAGACUUUCAAAAUAAGGCAUAGUCUUACUGUACAUCGGAGAAUCCAUGCUGGAGAGAAACCUUUUCAAUGUAACCAGUGUGAAAAGUCUUUCACAGAGAGCUCCAGUCUUGCUGCACAUCAGAAAAUCCACACUGGGGAGAAACCUUAUGAAUGUAAUUAUUGUGGAAAGGCUUUCACAAAAAACUCUAAUCUUACUGUACACAAGAGAAUCCACACUGGGGAGAAACCUUAUGAAUGUAAUCAAUGUGGAAAGGCUUUCAAUUUAAGGAAUAAUCUUGCUGUACAUCAGAGAGUCCACGCUGGAGAGAAACCGUAUGUAUGUUAUCAAUGUGGAAAGUCGUUUACACAGAGCUCCAGACUUGCUGCACAUCAGAGUAUCCACACUAGGAAGAAAACUUAUGAAUGUAAUUAUUGUGGAAAGGCUUUCAAAAUAAACUCUAGUCUUAUUGCACAUCAGAGAAUCCACACUGGGGAGAAACCUUACAAAUGUGAUCAAUGUGGAAAGGCUUUCAGAAUCAGUUCCCAACUUACUGCACAUCAAAGAAUCCACACUGGGGAGAAAGCUUAUGAAUGUAAUCAAUGUGGAAAGGCUUUCAGAAUCAACUCGCUACUUGCUGAACAUCAGAGAAUCCACAAUAGAAAGAAACUUUAUGAAUGUAAUCAAUGUGGAAAGGCUUUCGGAAUCAGAUCCAAACUUGCAGCACAUCAGAGAAUCCACAGUGGGGAGAAACCUUAUGAAUGUAAUCAGUGUGGAAAGGCUUACACAAAGAGCUCUAAUCUUGUUCGCCAUCAGAGAGUUCACACUGGGGAGAAACCUUAUGAAUGCAAUCAUUGUGGAAAGGCUUUCAGAAUCAAGUUCAAACUUACUGCACAUCAGAGAAUCCACACUGGGGAGAAACCUUAUGCCUGUAAUCAGUGUGGAAAGGCUUUCAGAAUCAACUCCAAACUUACUGCACAUCAGAGAAUCCACACUGGGGAGAAACCGUAUGCCUGUAAUCAGUGUGGAAAGGCUUUCAGAAUCAACUCCAAACUUACUGCACAUCAGAGAAUCCACACUGGAGAGAAACCUUAUGAAUGUGAUCAAUGUGGAAAGACUUUCACACAGAGCUUCACUCUUACUGCACACAAGAGAAUGCACACUGGAGAGCAACCUAAAGUGAUAAAAACUUUUAUGUAGACUCUCACUUUACCAUACAAAUGUGAUGCAAGCAAAGACCAAGAGACAUAAUUUCUGGAUUUAAUUAAUUAUUGCUAUUGAAUAAUUAAGAGAAGAAGGGUUGUUUAGCUAUCUCCUGUCAACCGAAGAGGAAUUAUGGAGGCCUGUCAACACUUAUGUGCUCUUAGAUAAGUGGGUGUAACCAACAGGCGUGAAACGAUUCUGAUUGGUUAAAACCUAAUGAGAAUGAGUAUUAUAAUGAGCGGUGGACAUUCUACUGAGUGGCUGGGGAAUAUGACUUAUGACUCUAUCUUGCACAGAGAGACUGAUCUCUCUCCAGAUCUGUCUGACUAAAACACAAUGGGCCUGAAUUCACCUAGAGUAAAAUCUCUUUACCUUUUGGUCAGAUCUAAGCUUUCCUGGUUGGCUGAGUCUUCUCCAAGAUUUCUUCUCAUCAUUAUCCCUGCCUUUCAGAGGUUGACUGAAUCACCUGCAGGGGCUGAUUUCUGAAUGAGGAAGGGGAAAGAUGGCAAAUGCUUAAUCCUAAUUCAGUAAUUGGUUAUUAAUCUGAGAGAAAUAAUCAUUUCUCUGACAUCAGUGAAUUUGUUCUAGAGGACAUAUCUCAUUAAAAUAAUCAAUAUGAAAUGUGUUCAGGCUAAAGUCAUUCCUUAUUUCCCAUGAGAAUUCACAUGUGGUAGAGAUCAUAUUCCUGGAAUGAAUAUGGAAAGAUAUUCAGAUGGACUGUAGAACUUGUUAGACAUCAGAAAUUUUGCAUUAUGAACAAGCCCUAUGUCGACUCAGGUGGGAAGGUCUGCAGACAGAGAUCAUCUCUUCCUUUACUUAUGGAUGUGCUCAAUGAGGACUUGCCUUUUCCUGGAAGAGGCAGGUCACAAGAUACCACAAUAUUCACACUAGAAGGAAGCCUGAUAAAAGCAGUAAUUGUGGGAAGGCCUUCACCUGGAGAUCAUAAAUCUGUGUACAUUAUGUACUCCAAUGUGUACAUUGGAGUAAUCUUCCUGGAGAUAAAACUUACGGAUCUAAUUAAUGAGGGAUGGCCUCUUCCUGCAGCACAGACCUCACUGGCCAUUACAUAAUUUCAUGCAGUGCAUGAAGCUCUAAAAAUGGAUUGGAUUUUUCUCUGAAAUCCCAAGGUCCCUCAUGACUAUCCUAAAAUAUUCCAUUGUCCCCUAGGGUGAAGCCUGCCUCUGGCUUGCUCACUUAACUGCAUUUUCCUUCCAAUAUAGUAAGAUACCUUUCUUGCUCACUAUCCAAGCUGUCCUGGGCUGGUAAUCUGCUUCACUGCUCCAAAAUUGAUUCUGAGCCAUUAUUGUGAGGUUGUUUGGAAGGGAAUUUGGAAGAGCCCACCUUACCCUCUUAGCUCCAGAAGUCCUCAUGCCCAUUUUUGCAGGAAAUAUUCCCUUGAGAGCUC